AUGGUUAGUGCAAACGGAGAACAACAUCCAAGGUGCAAGGCUUGCGGUCUCGAGAUUUUCAGGUACAGCGACCAUGCGCCGCUUUAUGAAGAUACCGCAUUGGAGGUGUCUGCUCUGAGGCUGGUUCAGCUUCAUCCGGCACGCCAACUUGAUGCUGAUAUCGUGAUCGAGAUCUUCGCGAGGAAAGAUACCCUGGAGAAGGAAGAUACCCACAGGAAAUACGAGGCGUUAUCAUGGUCUUGGGGCGGCCAACAUGCGAAGAAACAUGUUCGAGUACGGCACCAGUAUGAGGACCUCUGCUUCAUGGUAACGGAGAACUUGGACUCCGCCUUGCGCAAUCUACGACACGUGAGUGUGUAUCGAUGGCUCUGGGUGGAUUACUUGUGUAUCAAUCAGAGCGACAUGCGAGAAAAGAACGUACAGGUGCCGAUGAUGGCCGGAAUCUAUGCCCAAGCAGUGAAUGCGUGUAUAUGGUUGGGGGAAAGUGAUGAGAAAAGCAAAUUGGCCAUCAAAUUCAUCAAGGAAUCUGUUCUGGAUCUCCGCAAAUUUGACAAAUUAUGCAAGGAUGAGGCUCUCAUAACCGAAUGGGAUGCUCUGAUAAGUUUAAUGCGGCGCCCAUGGUUUCAUCGAAGAUGGGUCGUCCAGGAGAUCGCCCUAUCGGAUUAUAACAAGGCGAUCAUCCAGUGUGGCGAGGAUUUCUUGUGUUGGCGUGAUUUUGCGGACGCUGUCUCAUUGUUCAACGAGGUGGAAACAGGGACACACAGUCUUUCCAGGUUGAUGAAGGCUGCGAAAGAGUUUGGAAACAUUCCCAACUUUUUUGGACACGUACCGGAACUCGGAGCUACAAAACUCGUAGAAGCAACCAACAACAUCUUCCGCGUCCGCAGUGGGCUAUCAUCUGAAGAAGAGCGACAGCCACUACUGUCGCUGGAGCAUCUUGUCUCCAUUCUUUCCGUAUUCGAGGCUUCUGAGCCCCGGGAUUCAAUCUAUGCUCUUCUGGCAAUCGCAAAGGACACGUCACCCGGAGCGGAGGCGAUGUUGGAAUUAGUCGGGGAAGAGGCAGCCAAGAGAGCUAAAUGGACGAAGAAUCGUUUAAGGUUGCGGGCUCGCCGUAAAUAUAAACGGCAAUGCUACGAAGUCGAUUACGAAACGACGCUGAAUAAAGUCUACCAAGACUUCAUCAUAUUCUGCACGCGAAACGCGGAUCAAAGGCGCGCAUUAGACAUGCUUUGCAGACCUUGGGCACCAGUCCCAAGAAAAGACCAUGAAGGUAAAGAGAUAGAUGUAUUCCCAUCCUGGGUAUCAACUCUUGAGAAUGCCCCUUUCAAGCUUGCCGAACGCGAUGGCCUUGGCAUGAGGACAUGGAGGCGAUAUGCGGACCCCUUGGUGGGUAUCCCCGGAAAACAGUCAUACAAUGCAGCCGGGUCAACUUCUUUGGGUAGUAAAUUUGAUUUCGUCGUUGGAACGGAUUUUCAUAAUAUGAAAGUCGAGGGCUUUGUACUGGGCCGCCUCGCUCAAGUUGAGCAAUCUUCACAGCUGGGACAAAUACCUCCUGAAUGGCCGAAAAUGGGCGGAUGGCUGAAGCGAGAUCAACUACCCCCGGAUGCAUUCUGGCGCACACUUGUCGGAGAUCGUGGCCCUGACGGACGAAACGCCUUGCCAUUCUACCCACGAGCAUGUGUACACGCUUUCAGAAACAGUGCUGACGACACGUUAAAUACUGAAAGUUUAAUUCACUAUGGGCCGAAAAUCGUGGGCGAGUUUUUGCGUCGUGUUCAGGCUGUUAUCUGGAAUCGUCGACUCGUAAAAACCGAUAAGGGUCAUCUUGGCCUGGCCCCCAAGGCCGCUCAACCAGGCGAUCUAGUCUGUAUCCUAUAUGGAUGUAGCGUACCAGUCAUACUGAGACCUGUAAAGAAAGGUAGUACAAGGCAUGAAAAGGAAGUGAGAGAGUUCGAGGCCGUCCGAUGGAUGAAGAAGAUCAGAGCUGUUUUGAGUGUCUUCUGGGUGUUAUACUUUGCCUGCAAGGAGAAGAAUAGGCCAGCCCCUAGGAUCAAAGAGAUGUUGAAUAAGCUUGAAGAGAAGUACACGGCGGCUACUGAAGAAGCUGAACGUGUCCUCUCUCUUGGUGGCGGCAAACCACAGAGGGAGCAGGGCGUCGCGAAUGGCAUCAACGGUCAAGAUACUGGUAAACCGACCAGCAGCAUUACAAAUGGGUCCAAGCCGAAUGGCCCAGCUCAACCGCGGCCGCAGCAUUCCAUUCAAGGGUCAGGUCAAAUGCCGAAAACACACAGAAAGGUUGAUCUACACCGAGACAAACAUUCGAAGAAGGAAAGUGUACACGACUAUGGAGGAGUGUUGCACCUGGAUCAGGAACGGCCCCACUGGAUGUACAUGAAGUGGAUCGGAGAGUGCUAUGUUCAUGGUCAGAUGAACGGUGAAGCGGUCGAAGCAAAGGCUGUUCACAACAGAGUCGAACGAGAAAGGUUAAAAACAGAAAGGCUCAAACGAGAAAAGGGAGAAGAACCUCAAGGAGGGCACAGUGUGAACGGCUCAGACAGCAACUCGAUGAGCAGGGCAUGGCACAGAUCGACCUUCUCUGCGCAUCGCCCCUGUCGUACGAUUCAAACAGCGCUCAUCUCGUUUCAGGCGGCGGCCGAUGGCGGACUCAAGAUCAUAGCAUUGCCAGACGUUCAAGAAGCUACGGCAGAUCCAUCGGAUACAGGCGUGCCCAUAUUGGAUCUGCGAGAAUAA